ACGAGUGGGGAACUAAAAAGGUCGAUCUGGCGUUGAUUUUCCCCUCAUCCCUGUCUCUUCUGAUCUCUCUCACCUCCCGUUGCUUUCUGCCAUCGACCGAUUCCGCAAAGCGCCGCGCUCAAGGAAGGCGUGCUCGCUACCAUCGCCGCCGUGCCCCCAUCCCCUCUCCCCGGUGCCCGUCCUCGCUCCACCAUCACCUAAUCCGGACGAGAUCGGUUCGAUCCGCCGCAUCUCACGCCCGCAGCCGGCCGUGGCUUUCGUCGGCAUCGGGGGUGCUGGUCCGCCCCCGCUCCUCCGGGGCUGGCGGAACGAUGGAGCGGCGCUCUGGUCAGGUUUCUCUGCUUCGAGAGCGGCGCGUGGGCUGAUGUCGAGGGCGAGGCAGCUAUGCCUCUACACCGGGCGUUCCUGGAUGGGAGGGUGUUCGCAGAGGCCGCGUAUGGUGGCAGGGAGUUCCUGUUCGACUUCCUAUGGAUGGUGCGCAUCGACGCUGGCACCGCCGAGGAGGUCGCCAUGGGCUGGAUUGAUGACCGCGGGGCCUGCUUCUUCCCUGUGCCAAAGAGCGGGAGGAAGAGGAAGAGGGGCGAGCCUGAGCUGGAGGAUGGGGCGUCGUCCGGGGUGGAUGAGAGGUCUAGCGAGAGCAGCGACACGGUGGAGUCCUCAAUCCAGCCUAAUCCCCUGCCUCUCUCAAGCACUCCCCGUGCAGCAGGCCUGGUGUGUAGACUGCCAUGGCAAGGCUACAUCCAUGCAUUAUGGUCAGCAAGGCGGCCAGCUUGGGGCAAGCCGGUGAGGCUGGAGGAGACGGACAAGUUCUACUAGGUUCUUACUUGUCAAGAAGCUCUUCCUCAAAGGGAUAGCCCCGGGUGGGCGGUGGGGUGGCGAUCACGGCGGUGCACAAGGUCUUGCAGGGUCCCCGGUCCAUGGUGUUCCAGAUGCAGGGCCAGCUCCUAGCCGCUGCGCGCGGCACCGACGAGGGCAAUGCCAAGUUCGCGUGGUAUGGCGCUCCGUCGGCGGAUGUGGCCGCGGCGGUGGAGCACAGGUUCGGCAGGAUGAACAGCCAGGUCCUUUGCCAUCGCGCGCACGGCGACGACAUCCACCUCUCGCCUGGUUCUUGAUUGUUGAGUAAUUCCUGUUAGUUGUUGCUGAAUUAGGGACUUGAUUCAUGUUGGUUGCUGAAUUGAUUUAUGUCUUAUGUAUACUUGAUUCCGUAGAUUAAUAUCUCUUUUGGUUGGCAAGAAUGGAUCAGACGUAUUUUGUUUGAAGUUUUUUGAGUGCGAGGAUGCCGCCACCGCUAUGGACAACAUGGACGGCGUCGCGUUCUUCGGCUGCGUCCUCACCGUGAACUACGCCUUCCCUGAGAAAAUCAAGGGAGGGGAGCAGGGAUGGGCCGUACAGCCAGGUAUGUCAGGCGUCCCGUGCUUCUCCUCUGUUCCAUUACGUUUCGCCCUGCUUUCGUCCUUGCCUGCCUGGUAGCUUGACACUAGGGUUAGGGCUGCCAAAUGUUUUUCUUACCUGGUAUGACGUUGGAAGAUUAAGGGCGAGGAAUUUUUAGGACACGAUUAGACUAAAGACUAAAGAUUGAUAUGGUGUUAAUGUCCGUGAAUUAUGCUUUUGUAUUGCGGUUUCUCUUUAUGUUCUCAUUAUAAGGAUUUUCUCCAGUUCAAAAUGGUAGAAAAAUGAAUUGUCCAUGUACAUUAAGUUUUUGUGCUGAGUCAAGGAGAAAAGUCAGCCACCACUGUGGUGACAUGUCGCGAUCGUGCGAGUGUGUGGACGGGCUGACUGAUGAUGGGACUUGGGGAACAAGAGCAUGGGAAGCCAGGCCUUAGGAGCAAGGGCUGAUGGGCAGCGCGAGGACCUCGAUAGUGUAGCGGCGCCUACUGGUUCUACAGGUUCCUCAGUCUCCCUUGCUCUCUCUGCCUCGAUCCCAAUCUUACCUCUACUUGCCGUACCAUGCACAUCAUGGAGAACGACUGGUUAUGGAGGGGAGUGCUCCCCAUCCAUGACAAGCAUAGAGCACCCACGAACUGAAACAGAGGAGCACACACACGGUCAGGUUUCGGGAACCACUACAUCAUAAUUUUUGUUUUUAAACCGAGUGUUGGUUAAAUAAGCACAACCCUCUUCUUACAAGGUUAAGUUCAACUUGACACUAGCAAUAAUGGCUUGCAAUGAGCUAGAUUGGCCGAGACUGGACAUUAUGGAUUUGGUAGUGUAUAUACUAUAUACUGGAAAAUGGUAGCAUAGUCUUUGUAUGCUUAUUUUUUGAAUCGACAACACUCUAGAGUAUUCAUGCUUAACUGUUGCUUUGAAAUAUUUGGAUCGCAUAUUAAACUAGAGUUUCAGUGUUGAAAUUUGAUACCUUGCAUCAGAGAGGUAAACACUAGACAAAAGGGUCACUUUGAUGCAAACCCGUUUACAUGAGGCUUCAGCGAUGUGGAUUCCAGCUUACUUGGAUGUUUACAUGAGACUAUUUUCCAAUUUAUGUGAUCUAAUAUUUGCUGAUUGUAGUGUGAGCCAAUGAAAUCAGAUGACAUCUCUCAAUGGGGAAAUUUGGAUGUUGUGUGUUACCCGCUGUUUCUUCAUUGUAUAGCUAAUCCUCUGCACCACGGUAGUAAGCCUAGAAUCUCAAUAUUUUGUACUUUCACAGUUUAGCAUAUACCAUCUUCUUAAAUUUCUUCUAUUGAUGUUAAUAGAGUGUAUAAUUGUUUCCUAAUCAGAAUUAAGAACUGUUCCCGGCCAAAAUAACUAAGCCAGGACCCA